GUUGGUGAACUGCUGGUACAUUUCAGCCGCUGCGUUUGGCUCGGGCGCAGCGGCUCCUCCCCUUGGUGGUGCUAUCCUCUUACUUGAUCAAAUCCUCGAACGUGAACAGUUUCACUGAAAAGCACUUUUUUUCAAAAAAAAAAGAAAGAAGAAAAAAAAGAAAGAAAGAGAGAGAGAGAGAGAGAGAGAGAGAGAGAAUCCGCCAACAGUGAAAGAACAAGAGUCCAACUAUACAGGAGUUUGCGUGUGUGUUUUUCCCUUUUAAAAAAGAAAACACCGCUCGUCAUCUCAGAGGCCGAGAAAAAGGUGGAAGAAGAGACCUUUGGCAGCAAAAGAAUCAUAAUAAUCAACCAGCGUCUCCCCUCCCUCCUUUUAUAAAGGAUUCCCCCACCUGCAAGUAUCCAACUCUCUCUGCAAGGCAUGGAGAGAGGGGCUGGCUGGUUCUCCGGUUGUUGCUCCAUCGCUUGGAUCGCCUCGACAUGGCUUUUGCUGGGCGCUUGGUGUUUUACCGGCGCUGAGAUAACUUGCAGGUCUUGCUUUUCUUCUUCAUCAUCGCCUGCAUCUUUUCGGGUUAAGCUUCUACAGCAGCCGCCGUCGCCGCUGGAGGUUCCUCGGGGAGUGUCGCCUGGGCCAAGCGGCGGCGGCGAAGAAGGGGAAAUCCUGCCGGAGAAACCCGGUGGAGGAUGGGGUGCUGGGGGAGAGGAAGGAGGAGGCGAGGAGGAAGGCGGAGGGGCGGUGGCGGCGCUCCGAAAGGAUCGGGGUCUGCGAAGAGCUCAGCCGGCGCCCAGGGGGAUGGAAGGGUUUGGCACUAGGGCGCACGGGGAAGCGGCUGCCGGCGCCCAAAAGGAAACCCGGAGGGAGCGUCGGAGCUCCAAGCCCAGCCGAUCUGGCCAACUCUUGGGUAGGGCGAGGGGCAGUGGAGGAUCAUCGGCAUUUGGCCGGGAGGAGAUGCAGCGGAUGCCUGCAGAUGCCAGGAAGGAAGGAAUCUCUCUUGGCAAAAUGCCGAGCAGCAACCCUCGUGAGCCCAGGGCGAGGAGAAGCACUGAGGAUCGGCAGCCUUUCGCCUCGGACAAUCUCGGGGCAGAAGGAGGCGGCUGGGGCUUCUCCUCAACGGAUGGCCAGAAAGCGACCCGAACUCAAGGCAAAGGCUCCAAAGAGGAAGGGCGGACGGGCAAGCUGCGGGGAGGCGGCGGCAGCGAAGAGUUGAAAUUGACCAGCACGACCUUUGCCCUCGCUGGAGACUCGGCCCACAACCAAGCCAUGGUGCACUGGUCAGGCUACAACAGCAGCGUGAUUCUCAUUCUUACGAAGCUGUAUGAUUUCAACUUGGGAAGUGUUACCGAAAGCUCACUCUGGAGGUCCACAGAUUACGGUACUACUUAUGAAAAACUAAAUGACAAGGUGGGACUGAAGACAGUGCUGAGUUACCUUUACGUCAGUCCUACUAAUAAGAGGAAGAUAAUGCUCUUGAGUGAUCCUGAGAUUGAAAGUAGCAUACUGAUCAGUAAUGAUGAAGGUGCCACCUAUCAAAAAUAUCGUCUUAACUUCUACAUCCAGAGCCUGCUCUUUCAUCCUAAGCAAGAGGACUGGAUUCUGGCAUACAGCCUCGAUCAAAAGCUGUAUAGCUCUAUGGAUUUUGGAAGAAGGUGGCAGAUCAUGCAUGAACGGAUCACACCAAACAGAUUUUACUGGUCCGUUACAGGUUUGGAUAAGGAGCCUGAUCUUGUACACAUGGAGGCUCGUACGACAGAUGGACAUGCCCAUUAUAUAACUUGUAGGAUUCAAGAAUGUUCAGAGACUACCAGGAGUGGACCUUUCCUGCGCUCAAUUGACACAAACUCACUUGUAGUCCAGGAUGAGUACAUCUUCAUUCAGGUGACUACUGGUGGAAGAGCAAAUUACUAUGUGUCCUACAAAAGGGAACCCUUCACUCAGAUAAAAUUGCCCAAGUACUCGCUACCAAAGGACAUGCAUAUUAUCAGCACAGAUGAGAAUCAGGUAUUUGCUGCAGUUCAGGAAUGGAACCAGAAUGACACGUACAACCUUUACAUCUCUGACACCCAAGGGAUCUACUUCACCCUAGCCUUGGAGAACAUCAAGAGUAACCGAGGACUAGAGGGGAAUGUCGUCAUUGACCUGUAUGAGGUAGCAGGGAUCAAAGGCAUAUUCCUGGCUAACAAGAAAGUGGAGGACCAAAUUAAGACUUUCAUCACCUACAACAAAGGGAGAGAUUGGCGUUUGCUGCAGGCUCCAGAUUCAGAUCUGAGAGGAGACCCCUUACACUGUCUGCUGCCCUUCUGUUCCUUGCACUUGCAUUUGCAAAUAUCAGAAAACCCCUAUACUUCAGGCAGCAUCUCAAGCAAAGAGACAGUUCCAGGACUUCUAGUGGCUACAGGCAAUGUGGGCCCAGAACUGUCAUACACAGAUGUUGGCAUGUUUGUUUCUUCAGAUGGAGGAAAUUCCUGGAGACAGAUCUUUGAGGAAGAAUACAAUGUGUGGUUCCUUGACUGGGGUGGAGCACUCGUAGCCAUGAAACAUACCUCAAUGCCCAUUGUCCAUUUGUGGGUGAGUUUCGAUGAAGGAAGGACCUGGAAUAAAUAUGGCUUCACAUCAAAACCGCUCUUUGUGGAUGGGUCCCUAGUGGAGCCAGGCAUAGAAGCACAGAUAAUGACAAUCUUUGGCCAUAUCAGUCUCCGCUCUGAAUGGCAGCUAGUAAAAGUAGAUUACAAAUCCAUCUUUAGCCGGAGGUGUACCAAGGAUGACUUCCAGACAUGGCAUCUGCACAACCAGGGUGAACCAUGUGUCAUGGGAGAGAGGAAGAUCUAUAAGAAACGUAGAGUUGGAGCACGGUGUGCACUGACUAGAGAUUAUUCAAGAACAGUUGUCUCAGAACCUUGUAUUUGUGCAGAAUGGGACUUUGAAUGUGAUUAUGGCUAUGAAAGACACAGUAAUAAUCAAUGUAUCCCAGCAUUCUGGUUCAACCCAUCCUCUCAACUGAAAGAAUGCAGCCUUGGACAGAGCUAUCUGAACAGCACCGGGUAUCGGAGGAUUGUUUCUAAUAACUGCACGGAUGGACUAUGGGAAAAGUAUGCAGCCAAACCUGAACAGUGUCCAGGCAAAGCUCCCCAAGGUCUGCAUAUCCUCACAUCCAACGGCAAGUUGGUUGCAGAACAAGGGUACAACACAACCUUCAUAAUCCUCAUGGAAGAGGGUGAUCUCCAGAAGACAAAUAUCCAACUAGAUUUUGGAGAUGGUACUGCUGUGUCCUAUGCUAAUUUCAGCCCUAUAGAGGAUGGGAUCCGACACAUUUAUAAGAGCACUGGGAUCUUCCAAGUGACAGCCUAUGCAGAAAACAACCUGGGCUCUGAUCUGGCAGCACUCUUCCUGCAUGUGGUCUGUCCUGUGGAACGUGUCCAUUUGAGUGUCCCCUUUGUGGCCAUCAGGAAUAAGGAAGUAAAUAUCACUGCUGUGGUUUGGCCCAGUCAGUCGGGUACCCUCACAUACUUUUGGUGGUUUGGCAACAACACAAAGCCAUUCAUCACCUUGGACAGCAGCAUCUCUUAUACUUUUACCACUGAAGGAAUGAAUACCAUCACAGUGCAGGUCUCAGCUGGCAGUGUCCUCAUCCAGGAUACCAAGGAUAUUGCUGUACAUGAAUAUUUCCAGUCUCAGUUAUUAUCAUUUUCUCCCAAUUUGGAUUAUCACAAUCCUGACAUCCCGGAGUGGAGAGAAGAUAUUGGCAGAGUGAUCAAGAGAGCCCUGGUGCAGGUGACUGGGAUCCCUGAUGAACAAGUUUUGGUGGCUGUGUUCUCUGGUUUGCCCACCUCUGCAGAACUCUUCAUUCUACCCCAUCAAAACACAUCAGAGAGAAGGAAAGGCAAUGAAGGUGACCUGGAGCAGGCUGUUGAAAUCCUCUUCAAUGCUUUGAAUCAGAACCUGGUCCAAUUUGAGUUAAAGCCUGACGUGGAAGUCAUUGUGUACGUCACUCAACUAACAUUAGCGCCUCUCGUCGACUCUGGUGCUGGGCACAGCAGUUCAGCAAUGUUGAUGCUGUUGUCAGUGGUCUUCGUGGGCUUGGCUGUUUUUUUAAUCUACAAGUUUAAAAGGAAAAUCCCAUGGAUUAACAUCUAUGCUCAAGUCCAGCAUGACAAGGAGCAGGAAAUGAUUGGUUCUGUCAGCCAAAAUGAAAAUGCUCCCAAAAUCACUCUGAAUGAAUUCACAGAUCCUGAAGAACUCAUGGACAAAGAGAUGGACACACGGGUUAUAGGAAGCAUCUCAACGAUCUCCAACAGUGAAAGCACAAAGGAAAUACCCAACUGCACUAGCGUUUAAUACUAGAAAUCUACUUUGACUACAGCAUUUCUGAAUUUUUAUUUUUAAUUAAUAGUAUUAUUGUUAUUAUUACAAAGGGAAAGGUCUAUGUCAUUAUUAUUAUUAUUAUUAUUAGGGAGGGAGGGGUGCAGGGGUUUUGUUUGUUUGUUUUUUUUCCCC